AUGCCUGCACAUGGCCUAUUCGUCAAGCGAGCAGUCUUGGACACUUUGCUGCCGUACUCUUACACCCGGCAAAGACAGAAUCUGGAACCAUUAUUGCCCGGCAAGGGACACAUGAGAGGGGGGAUUGUACGUGAGGCAGCCGAUACGAAGUCAGAGGAAGCAGGAAACGAAGAAGAAGAAAAGUAUGAACGGGAGAAUGAAUGUGAAGAGAGGAUGCCCAUUGUGGAUUCAAGGGCCGACUGUGAAGAUUCUGAUGGUUCGGAGAGAAAGCGGAAGGAUGCUGAGAAGAGGACCGAUAUUGAUGCUAGAAUUUAA